UCCAGUAGAAAAACAGAUGCUGACAAGCAAGCAAGCCAAAACACAAGGACUAGCUUCACGGGUCACAAAACUCACCCUCUGUCAUUCACAUUCACACACUCUUCUGCUCUUUCUGUCAACAUUCAAACAUUGAGCUAAGCCACAGAAUACAAACAUAUUUAAACUAUACAAUGUGGACAUCUCCCAGAUUUCUGAUGGCAACUCUGCAGGCAAUGUUGCUGCUGUGGACGUGCAUGUACACUUGCGGUGCUACUAGAGGAAGAGUUGACUACGAUAUGAUCGAGGGUCUGAUCAGUACAUCUGCAGCAGCCGCGGUUAAGGUAGGGAAUAUAUCUAAGGUAGAAGAUGCGGUGUAUUUUCAGAUUUACUAUGGCCAGACAUUCAAAGUCAUCAAGAAUGGCUUCGAUGGCAAGAGCUAUCUUCUUAGUCAGAAUACGUCGAGGAUGGCAUCCAGGACUAAGUACUGCACAUCGAGGAUCAAAUCUUUUGUCAUCCCAUUGUCAAAUUAUUCAGUUGAUACCAGUUUUUUUUCAAUUUCUUUCUUUGAGCUUCUAGGAUUAUUAACAAGUUUGAAGGGAAUCACAUCGUUAGAUUUGGUAGCAUCGCAAUGUGUGCUAAAAUUAUACAGUGAUGGAGGAAUAGAAAUAUUGAACAAAAGUGAGACACAACAACUUACAAGAUUCUCAGCACACUUCAUAAGCAACGCUGAACAAUCUCAGUCCUGUAACUUUGCAACUUUUCUUCCCAACACCGAAGACACUCCUCUGCAGCGAGCAGAGUGGAUCAAAUACUUAGGAACUUUUGCUAAUAUGGAAUUCAGAGCGAAUAAAGUCUAUGAUGCUGUGAAAGCAAACUAUCUGUGCUUGGCUAAAGCAGCUGCCAACAAGACAACUUCUUUCAAGCCAGUGGUAGCCUGGUUGGCUUUCAAUGAUGGGGAGUGGUCGUUCACGCAGGAUCCAUACAAAUUAAAGUAUGUGGAAGAUGCAGGGGGAGAAAAUAUAGACAAAUCUAUCAACAAAGCUACUUAUAACAACACCAUUCCUGAUGAUUGUGAAGACUUUCAUGCCAUCUUAUGUACUGUAGAUGUAGUGGUCGACGAAACUUACACAUCAGAUCCAUGGCACUAUAACGUCAGCACCUUUCUCCAGAACAUUAAUGUAGAAGAUCGAUCAUGUUUUGCCUUCAUUACAAAACAAAGCUUAUGGAGGUACGACAAAAGACUGCAAAGUGCUAAUUCCCUUGAUUUUUUUGACGGAGCAAUUUCACAGCCCCAACUGGUUCUAGCAGACAUGAUUGAAGCGGUGUCGCCUUCUGGAAAUUACACAACUACAUAUUUUAGGAAUCUCGUUAAGGAAGAAGCAAUUACAAAUAUUAAGCCUGAAAUGUGUGACAGAGAUGUUUCAUCAGCUCUGGAACCAACCAUUGUAGACUGUUGAGGAAUUCAAUACAUUCUCCAGGAUUUGGAUUAUAUAUUUGAGUAGUGGAAGUGAAUAAUAUUUCACGAUUUUUAAUGUAAAAUUGAAUUGACAUAAUUGUUGGGAAAUAAAAGAGUUAUUUCUUCUA